AGGGCGGAACCUUUAGCAUCAAGCACGGAUUCAAAUACGGAUUAUUUUUGCAGACGCACCGCUGCGCUCAGGAGCGAUUGAACAGUUGAGGAUGGCUCAAGCGGACAGCAGGGCUCUGGCUUUGGGAGUUCUGGCAGGGGCUGCUGGGAUCAGCUUGGCGAUUGUCUGCUUCCGCAAAAUAGGAGCAGGCGGUGGCAGAGUCCUACACCUGAGCAGCAACAGAGAUCACAUGGCAGGCAGCCUGGGUCUACAGACGGGCCAGGCGGAGGUGCUGGAUCGGCUGGGGGCUCUGAUCCACUGUGUGUCUGAGCUCAAAGAGGAGGUAAAAGCCUUGAAGGAUGCACUUCCACACCUGCAGGACAACGUCAGAGAUCAGCUGAGGGGCCGGAGCAGAGACGAUAUCAGUGCUCGCAAAGCAAGUCCACUUCAUCGAACUCCCACCAGGAGAAAAAGAGCAGGUGUCUCAGACAGAAGUGAAGAACAAAGCUCAGAAGAGGCAGAGAGUGAAGGAGGGUAUAUAACAGCACUGACAGAUUCUGAGGAGGAGGAAAGUGACGAUGACCAAAGGCCACUGCAGGAGCCGGUGGAUGAGCUCACAGCCCUGCUGCAGAAAGCAGACCGACUGCACAGCUGUAACGGGGCAGAGAAAGCACAAGGCCUGAAUUUUCUGCUGGAGAGGAAAGCAGAGUUUGAUCAGAAGUGCCAGUACCUUUGGCGGUUGUCUAGAGCCUAUGCAGAUGCACAUGAUUUUGCUGUAGACCUUGCAGAGAAGAAGAGCUGCGCUGAGAAUGGAAAAAAAGUUGGUGAGGAGGCCAUUUCCAUCAAUCCACAGUGUGCUGAAGGUCAUCAGUGGUAUGCUAUACUCUGUGGGCUUCUGUCAGAAUAUGAAUCUAUUCAGAAUAAAAUAAAAAAUGGUUAUCUUUUUAAGGAUCAUCUGGAUAAAGCAAUUGAGCUGAAGCCUGAAGAUCCUCUGUCGUAUUACUUGCUGGGCCGCUGGUGUUAUGCUGUGUCACAAUGUACGUGGAUAGAGAGGAAAGUCGCUGCUACUUUGUUUGGAGAGCCACCCAGUGCCACAGUCCAGGAGGCCCUGCAGAACUUCCUCAAGGUAGAAGAGAUCAGUCCCAAGUAUUCAAAAUUCAACUAUGUGUUUUUAGCCAAGUGUUACAAAGACUUGGGUCAGAUGAGUCAAGCCCAACAGAUGUGUGACGCUGCCUCUGCAAUGAACAUUCAGACUAAAGAGGAUGAGGAGGCACAGAAGGAACUGGACUCUUUUGUUGCAUCACUUUAACAAGUCUCCAACAAAAGCUGUCUGUCUUUGUGUUCCGUCUCUUUGAACUCUACUGUGACUGUUUACCCACAAACCCAACAUAUGAGCUACUAAUGUUGGCCAGGCCACGUUAUUCCUCUAUUAAAGGGGAGACCAGCAGCAA